CUUAGCCUGCUAGCAGCCCAGGUAACCAUGUCGCAGGCUCUGUCAGAGGAGGAGUUUCAUCGGAUGCAGGCUCAGCUGCUGGAGCUGCGGACUCAGAACUACCAGCUGUCUGACGACCUGAGGAAGAACUCUGCAGAGCUGAAUGCCGUCCGUCAGAAGAAUGUGGUUCUGGAAAGAGAUUUUGUCAAAGCGCAGAAGGCUUUGAAUAAGAGCAAGAAGGCCCAGGAGGUGGAGGCGUUGCUGAGUGAGAAUGAGAUGCUUCAGGGGAAACUCCACAGCCAGGAGGAGGACUUCAGACUGCAGAACAGCACGCUGAUGACCGAGCUCUCCAAGCUGUGUACGCAGAUCGAGCAGCUGGAACAGGAGAACCAGGGCCUGAAGGAAGGAGGAGGGACCUCUGCAUCCAGGCCCGCCUCCAGGCCCGCCUCCAGCCCUGUAGAUGGUGAACUGCUCCGCCUCCAGGCUGAAAACUCAACCCUUCAGAAGAAAAUGAAAGUCCUCCAGGAGCGCUACGACAAAGAGGUCCAGAGACAGGCGGUCGCUCAUAGUAACCAGAGCGCCACAACAGAAACCGAAGGGUCAGCCGACGCCAACGGAGUUUCUGAUGUCACAGGGAGGGGGGAGGAGCCAGCAGCAGAGGGAGCCAAUGAGCGACUGGAACAGACGGAAGCCCAGCUGGGACACACAGAGAAACAGCUGCACGAGCUGGAGAUGGCACUGACCACGGAGCAGGAGGAGAAGAGGCUGCUGAGGGAGCAGGUCCAGCACCUGGAGGCGUCCAAGCAGGCUGAGAUCAGCAGACUGCAGGAGGAGGUCACGAAGCUGUCCGACAAGCUGAAGAAGAAGCAGGAGAGCUUCCAGCGUCUGCAGGGAGAGAAGGAGGCUCUGUACAACGACAGCAGGACAAAGAUCGAUGAGAUCAACCAGAAGAAAGAGGAGGAGCUGAAGACCAUGAACACCCGCGUCCAGAAACUGCAGGCAGACGUCGUGGCAGCCAAUCAGGUGACUGCAGAGCUGAGGGAGCAGCUGCAGAGCAAAGACAAGGAGCACGAGCUGGCUGUGCACGCUCUGAGAGACCAGGUAGCCAACCAGAGUGCAGUCAGUCAGGAGCAGGUGGACAGCAUCCUGCAGGAGAACGAUGCUCUGAGGACAAACCUAGCUGCUCUAGAACAGAUCCAGACGGCGAAGACGCAGGAGAUGAAUCUGUUGCGUGAGCAGCAGGAGGCGCUGACUGUGGAGCUGCAGCAGAGACGAGCUGAACAGGAGAGUCUGUUGGCUCAGAGAGACGACCUGGACUCCCAGCUGCAGGAGUCGAGUUUUGCCAACAGGAAGUUGUUGGAGCAGUUAACAGAAGAGGGACACGAGAAGGAGAAACUGCUGAGAGAGAUGGACGAGGCCAAGAAGACAGCAGAGAAGAGGAAGGCCAUGCUGGAUGAGAUGGCCAUACAGCUGAGUCAGGAGAAGUCCGACCACAAGGAGGCGCUGUCAGACCUCAGACUGCAGCACGAGAAGGAGGUUCUGGGGGUGAGGGCUCGAUAUGAGAGGGAGCUCCGAGGACUCCAUGAAGACAAGAACCGCUCUGAAGAGGAGAUCCGCCAGCAGCUCCGAGAGGAGAAGGCCCGAUCCAAGGAGCUGGAGGGUCUCCAGCAGCGGGUGGAGGAGCUGCAGGCCCAGGCUCUGUCCAUGGAGGGAACCAAAGGAUGGUUCGAGAGACGGCUGAAGGAGGCUGAGGAGAACAUCGAGAAGAACUCUCUGGAACAUCAGGAGGAGAUCCAGCAGCUACAGAAACAACACACACUGAAGCUGGAGGAGAAGCAGGCAGAGAUGGAGGGACUGAAGCAGCAGCUGGUGGACGUGCAGAAGCAGAAGGACGAACACGGAGACACCAUCGGAAAACUCAGACAGGAGAUAAAGGACACUGUGGACGGCCAGAGGAUUCUGGAGAAGAAGGGCAGUGCAGCGCUGAAGGACUUGAAGCGGCAGCUGCAGCUGGAGAGGAAGAGAGCCGACAAACUGCAGGAGAGACUCCAGGAAAUCCUGACCAACAGCAAGACCAGGACAGGUCUGGAGGAGCUGGUUCUGUCAGAGAUUAACAGUCCCAGCCGGACCCAGCAGACCGGAGACUCGUCCUCCGUCUCCUCCUUCUCCUACAGAGACAUGAUGAAGGAGGCGCAGCCGGGCAAUCAGAACAAGUCCGGAGGAGGCAGCCCUCAGUCUCAGCGUCCUGCGGAGUUAUCUGACGACGAGGUGGGCGAGCUGUUCCAGAGACUCGCCGGUGUUCAGCAGGAGAAAUGGAUGCUGGAGGAGAAGGUGAAACACCUGGAGGUCAGCUGUUCGUCCAUGGCUGAAGACAUCUGCAGGAAGAGCGCCAUCAUAGAGACCUACGUGAUGGACAGCCGCAUAGACGUGUCGGGCGCCGCGGUCGGAGGCCACGGAGGCCACGGAGGUCACGGAGGCUCUCAGGGAGACAGGGGAGGUCUUGGUUCAGUCCUGAGAGACCUGGUCAAACCGGGAGACGAGAAUCUGAGAGAGAUGAACAAGAAGCUGCAGAACAUGUUGGAGGAGCAGCUGACCAAGAACAUGCACCUGCAGAAGGACCUGGAGGUUCUGUCCCAGGAAUUAGUCCGGCUCAGUAAAGACAGCGGUCCUGGUGCAGCGGGCUCGGGAUGAGACUAUCGCCUGGAUCCAUCCGUCCAUUCCCUUCCUCGUCACUCAGCUGGAAGGCCGGACUGCGACUAACACUUGGAUUCAACAUUUCUUUUCUUCCCAUUCCCUGUGUUCAUGACCUGCUGUGGGCUUCAUCUAAUGUCUGGAGCCGCCAUGAUUUCACCACCUCAGUCUGCCUACUGUGCUCAGACUAAAUACUGGAAUGUCUCCAUCUACUGUUUCUCAAUGACGAGAGGAAGCAGUACGUUUUAAAAGUAAAGAAGAAGAAGACCAGAGGGAAUGGAAAGCUGAGAACAGCUGGUUUAUGUUGCUACUGAAUGUACUGUAAUUAGACAGAUGGGUUGUGGCUACAACCUGGAAAACACACAUUAUACCUGACUGUAAAUCUUUUGCGGGUUUCUACGUCUUAAAGGUGAUUUCAGAUGGCGAGCGGGGCGUUCCCACUCUCACCUGAAGUCACCUGUCCGGUCCUGGCUAUGUCCUGGAAUACACACGCCUGGUGUCUGAACUGACUUCUUUUGAUUGCUGUGUGCUGUAACUCUGUUGUGAUCUGGCUAUUUCCUGUCUGCAACUGAACACCCUGGGUCCAGAUAUGACCUGGAUCGUUUGAUUUGUAACUGACUACGUUUCAGUUGAGCUUUGAGAUUCUGUCUUUGAUUAAAAACCCGAGCUUUCAGCCACGUCUCAUGGCCUUCAUCAGCAGUUUGCUUCGUUAACGUGACGUCAUUUUUAGCUCCGUCGAUGACUAAACGGUGAGCAGGACCAGCCGUUGACGAAGGCCAUGAGACGUUGCAGAAAGCUUUCAGCUUCAGACGUCAGAGCGUCAAGUUGCUCAAGCUAACCAGCUGCGUCCGUGAACAACAGCCGUGGCCGAUGCUAAGCUAACUGCUGCUAACAGCGUCUAUCACAGCGAGCGUUCCCGAUGAGCAGCCGAGUAACUUUGACUUUCAGACAGAAAGCUUCGGCCAUGGCUACGUCCUGGAACACAAACAUACUGAGCUGGUGCAGAUUGUAUGUUUGUGUCGGGCCGUGGCUACAAUGUGAAACUGUUAUUUAUUACCUUUGAAAUUCCUCGUGGAAACGCGCCUGUCCUGGCCCCGACUACUCGCCGGUCGUAGUCCUGGUCCGUAAAUCCUAGUCAGUUACUCAAAAGAGAAGUGCAUGAAAAAAGUCAACGUUCACAGAUUAGUGAAAAUUGUGUUUUUAAAGGUUGCUGUGUUUUUCUCACCUGUGGCCGUCCUCCCUCCCUCCGGUCCUCCCCCUCCCCUCAUUCCCCCCUUCGGUCCUCCCAUCUGCCCUCCUGCCCUCCUGCCCUCUCUCCGUCCUCCCUCACACCUCCCUGUCGCCCCGUGACUUCCGCUCAGCCUGGGACGCAGACUGGCUCCAUGAAGACCAAACGAUUGUCUCUUUGUUUUGUUGUGAUCAGCUUUUAAUCUCCAGGGCCGUGUCUAUGUCUUGUUUCCGUCCCCGCUGGGGAAACCAAAACGUGUGAAACCGUCAGCUGUGACCGGCUGAGUCUACUUCCUGCUUUAAAUAAUAUAUCGUAUUAUUUUGGUGUCUUUAAAUCUGUUUUCUGUAAAAAGCUCAACAGGAAAUGAAAAACAAACACUUCCUGUCUGCUCUGCUUUUGUGUCUCCUUUUGGACUCCUUUACUACGUCCUGGAUUGACCGGGCUCUGACUAUAUCCUGGACGUUGUGCUGUAUAUUUCUGAUUUGUUUCUGUCGGAGUCUGAAAUGUCAGAACGAGAGAGAAACUCGAUUGUUUGCGGUGCAGCUUUAUUUGCUGGAAGACGUCUGUAGCUGCGACUCGACCUGAAACCCUUCAGACCAAACUGCACGACGUUUUUUCAUAUUGAAACGACGCAGUGAGUCCAGCAGCCGGUCGAGCUGCACUGAAAACAAACCGAAGCCUUCUCUCUCUCACUGAUCCGGGACCGGUCUAUGUGCUGGGCCGUGACUUGGCCUUUGUUUUUGUUUGUUUUGUUUGAAUCUGUACAUAUAUAUCUACACGCUGUGAUACUAACUGUAUGAAGAAUCAACAGAUCUAUUUAUGAUCAUGACGCUACUUAUUGUGACGACGAGGAGCUGAGUGAUAAAAUCUUGUCUGGAGACGACGAGUCUGCUUUUCUCUGCUCACAGAACAACUCCGCCUCAAACCAGAUUAAACACAAUUCUUUUAAUGCAUCGUGUAUUAAUAGAAACUAAUAAAGAGUUUGAAACGACCUCCUCUGAUCUGAA